GAGGCGUGCUGCACCUCCCUCUCCUGGCCGCUAGAUGGCGCUGCGCGGGGUGCUCGGCUGGCUGCGGGCGCCCAGCUCCGUCCUCCCCUCUCUGUGUCUGAGUCGUGAUGGCGGAGGACAGCGAGUCUGCGGCCAGCCAGCAGAGCCUGGAGCUGGACGACCAGGACACCUGCGGCAUAGACGGCGACAAUGAGGACGAGGCCGAGCAUGCCAAGGGGAGCCCAGCGGGGGAUCUUGGAGCUAAAAAGAAAAAGAAGAAACAGAAGAGGAAAAAGGAAAAGCCAAAUUCUGGGGGGGCCAAGUCGGACUCCGCAUCUGAUUCUCAAGAAAUCAGAACACAGCAGCCGGCAAAAAAUCACGCCAUUCCAAUGCAGAAACUGCAGGACAUCCAGAGAGCUAUGGAGCUUCUGUCCGCCUGCCAGGGACCCGCAAAGAACCUCGACGAGGCAAGCAAACGUAAAUACCAGUUUUGGGAUACACAGCCUGUACCGAAACUUAGUGAAAUUAUAAGCAGUCACGGUUCUAUUGAGCCUGACAAGGACAACAUUCGUCAAGAGCCAUACUCCCUGCCUCAGGGUUUUAUGUGGGACACUCUGGAUCUCAGUAAUGCAGAGGUGCUAAAAGAACUGUACACGUUGCUGAAUGAGAAUUAUGUGGAAGAUGAUGAUAACAUGUUCAGAUUUGAUUAUUCGCCAGAGUUCUUACAGUGGGCACUUCGUCCUCCUGGAUGGUUAUCCCAAUGGCACUGUGGGGUCAGAGUAUCUUCCAACAAAAAAUUAGUGGGCUUUAUAAGCGCCGUUCCUGCUACUAUCCGUAUUUAUGACACUGUAAAGAAGAUGGUAGAGGUUAAUUUCCUUUGUGUCCAUAAGAAGCUGCGAUCGAAGCGUGUUGCUCCUGUCCUCAUCCGAGAGAUCACCCGGAGAGUCAAUCUAGAAGGAAUCUUCCAAGCUGUGUACACAGCGGGGGUCGUUUUACCAAAGCCCGUGUCUACAUGCAGGUACUGGCACCGCUCUCUAAACCCUAGAAAGCUGGUAGAAGUGAAGUUUUCUCACCUAAGUAGGAAUAUGACGUUACAAAGGACUAUGAAGCUGUACAGACUUCCCGAUGCAACAAAGACCGCCGGGUUACGGCCGAUGGAGAGGAAGGACAUCACCAUGGUCCAGCACUUAUUGAAUAACUAUUUAAGUCAGUUUAAUCUGGCUCCUGUGAUGGAUGAAGAGGAGGUGUUACACUGGUUUCUCCCUCAGGAUAAUAUAAUAGACACCUAUGUUGUAGAGAGCUCAAAUGGCAUAUUAACAGACUUCCUGAGUUUUUACACAUUACCCUCUACAGUGAUGCACCACCCGCAGCAUAAAACUCUGAAAGCAGCCUAUUCCUUCUACAGUGUCCACACAGAGACUGCACUGCUGGACCUCAUGAACGACGCUCUCAUUAUCGCCAAAUUAAAAGGAUUCGAUGUGUUUAAUGCUCUGGAUCUGAUGGAAAACAAAACUUUCUUGGAAAAGCUGAAGUUUGGCAUAGGGGAUGGCAACUUACAAUAUUACCUGUUCAACUGGAGAUGCCCAGCUAUGGAGUCUGAAAAGGUGGGCUUAGUGUUACAGUAAACUUCUCCAGCAGCCGAGACCGCCUCACGCACGCACCGGAGCUGCUCUUCAGUAAGGACAAGCACAAAACCGCUGGAGAUGAGGGGACCAGAAGAGACGAAGAUCAAAUUUAAAAAAAUAAAUAAAAAGACGUCUGAGCAGCCCAUCAGGAUGUUACUGCGACCGCCACAGAUUUCAUCCUGCGCUGUCGUCAUUUUCUCCUGGCGCACGUGCAUUAUUCGAACAAUUAACCGAAUGAAAAACAA